AUGGGGGCAGAACAAUCGAAUACCAAGAGCAGUUUGCUGAGAAAUUUUCAAUACCUUGUAGUGCAAGAUAAACAAAAGGGAACUGGAAACCGCACGCAAUAUAAAUUAAUGUAUUUUGAUUAUUUAAAAUUUUUAAAAUAUGAAAUAGAUAAUGAAGCAUGGAAAUGGGAUAUAUAUAAAAAACAUGUCAAUGGAGGUUCAACAACUGAUAACGCCGCAUUAUUUUGUGGAUGGAAAGAUAUACAAAAAGAAAUAUUUGAUAAACUGAAUGAACAACUUGAACAACUUCAACGAGCAAAAUCUCCAACUCAAAAGAUAUAUAAGUGGGAAGAGGAUGCAUUACCUCUUAUAAAUAUAGGAGAAAAAAAAUUAAAUAUCAAACCAAAUUGUAGUAUCACGAUUGAUGUUAACAAUAUAGACGAAUUGAAAAAACCUGAGUUUCCAGCUGUAUCUGGAGGAACAUCAAUUACUAAUUGUGGAGAUUUAAAAACUGCACCAAAUUUACAUAUACCUCUACGCAGAAGAGCACUAUUAGUAGAAGGAAUAGAUGAAUAUAUUGGAGAAAUUAAUAAAAAAAUUAUGAGCGAAGAAACAUUAAGACAAGCGAUAGAGAGUAAUGUAGACAACCAAACUCAUAUAGAAAAAACUGCAGUUGAUUUGAAAAAGGAAAUGAUUGAUGGGUUAGGUACUGGAUUAAGCAAACUUAUAAGAGAAAAAUAUGAAGAUGCCGAACAUGAUGCAUUUUGUAAGGAAUGGCAACUUACGAUGGAAGAUUAUCAUACAUUAUUCUUAGGAAAAGAUAUAGUUGAUGAAAAAGAAACGACAAAAAUUCAAUGUACAAUAAAAUUAAUUGAACAAAAGGUGGGAAAAAAAGCCAAUUUUCAAAAAAAAUGGAGCUCUUAUUUUAAAGCACUAGUAAGAGAUUUGCAAACAGAACAUUUGAAAGACCCUAAAACAUCAAGACCUUGUGAUAUAACCUAUGAGAAUAAAACUCAAUGUAUUCGUUUUUUUAAAGAAUGGGCAGAAGAAUUUUGUAAAUUAAAAAAAGAUCUAGGAGAGAUGAUAGUAGAAAAUUGUAAGGAUAACAAUAAUGCGAAUUCAUCAAAAUGUAAAAAUGUAUGUAAUAUUUACAAACGUUUUUUAACUGAAACCAAACCAUAUUAUGAUAAUUAUAAACAUACAUGUGAUAAACCACCCUUCGGAAAUAAUGAUGAUGUGAAAGAUUUACAACAAAAUUUCAUAGAUGCAGUUAGUAAAAGUAUGAAUGAAUGCUGUAAAGAAAACGGUAAUUGCACUGAUCAAGAAUUAUUUCAAGUUACUAACGAUAAAGGAAAUAUUAUUUAUAAUUGCAUGUGCCCAGAAGGAACACAUACAAGCAAGAAAGAUAAACCAUCAGAUUGUCAAAAAGUCAUAAAUGCUCAUGGUACUUUGACAGGAACACAAGUGGCAGCACAACAACCUGUCGGUAUGUCACAUAGUGUUUCUUCUAGUGCCGCGUGUGGAAUACAUAGUGGUAAACAACCAAGUGCGAAAGUGGAGACUAUAGCAAAACAGUUACAGGCAAUGGCAAAGACACAAUCGACUUCUAAGGUUGGUAAUGUUGAUACGGAAAGUAAAAGUGUUUUGAUAGGAAAACCAGAGAAAGGAACAUAUAAGGAUAACAAGAACGGAAAUGACCUGGCUAACGGAGGUCUUUGCAACCUUGACAAAAAAACACAUACCAAUGAUAAACGUCAAUAUCAAGCUGGUGCUGAUGGUAGUACGACCCAUGAUGGUCCAUGUACCGGAAAAGGUGGAGGUACAGGUGCAGAUACGAGAUUUGAAGUAGGAGUUCGAUGGGAAACGAAGGACUCCGAAGUAAAUACAAACCAUCAAGGACUUUUAUUACCUCUUAGACGUCGUCAUAUAUGUACAUCGAAUUUGGAGAAUUUAGAAGUGGAAAAGGGUGCACUUAGUGAGGUUGCCAAGGUUAAUAAUUCUUUUUUGGGAGAUGUAUUAUUAUCCGCAAAAUAUGAAGCAGAAAAAAUAAUAGAACAGUAUAAACAAAAGAACAACCUGAAUGGUUCAAAUGGUCAAGAUCUUCUAAAAGACCCAAAAAACCAAAAUCACAGGGAAUCUAUAUGUCGUGCUAUGAGAUAUAGUUUUGCAGAUUUUGGAGAUAUUAUCAGGGGUAGAGACUUAUGGAGCAGAAAUACGGAUAUGGAAAAAAUAGAAACUAAUUUGAAAGCCAUUUUUCAAAAGAUUAAUGAAAACACGUCUGAGAUAAAAGAAAAAUAUGAUAAUGAAAACGGACAAUAUAGCACAUUACGUUCAGAUUGGUGGGAAGCUAAUAGAGAUAAAGUUUGGGAAGCUAUGCAGUGUGAACUGAAAAAAUUGAAUAUAACAACUGGAGAAUGUAAAUACAAUCCUCCUAGUAGUAGUCGUCGCGGUCCUCUUCGUGGUCCCACUAGUACCCCACUUGACGACUACAUCCCCCAAAAACUUCGUUGGUUAGCCGAAUGGGCCGAGUGGUACUGUAAAACACAAAAGAAACACUAUAUGGAGUUACAGUCACAGUGCGGGGUGUGUAUAAAUGGAAAUGGUAAAUCAUGUGAUAGCACUAAAUGUGCAGAAUGUAGAUCUAAAUGUGAUGCAUAUAAAGCGGAAAUAGCAAAAUGGGAAAAGGAUUGGGAAAAACAAAAAAAUCAAUACAAAACAUUAUAUACAAAUGCACAAACUAGUAGUAGUACUCCUAGUAAUGAUGAAAAUCAGAAAUAUCUUAAUGAAUUUUUACAAAAAUUACAGAAAGAAAAUACUGGAAAUAAUAUAUAUGAUAGUGCUGAAGGAUAUAUACAGCAAGAACUAAAAACUAGUAACGUUUGUGAAAAACAAAAAGAUUUUUGUAAUAGUGGUAGUAACCAAUACACGUUUAGUCCUCAACCUAGUGACUACAAAAUUGCGUGCGAGUGCGAUAGUUCGACACCAUGUCAAAUACUGGACACGAUACUUAAGGGUAAAACUGCAACAGACGCUGUAGUAGGGUGCAAAGCAAAAACAGGAGAAUAUAAAUGGGGAUGUGAGGAUAGUAAAUUUGAAUCAGGACAUAAAGAUGCAUGUAUGCCUCCAAGACGUCAAAAAUUAUGCAUAAAUAAUUUAAAAGAUUUGAAUGGUAAUGAUAAAACACCAAAUGAAUUGAAAAAAGCAUUGAUUCAAUGUGCUGCUGCUGAAACGUUUUUUGCUUGGAAUAAAUAUAAAACAGAUCACAUUGGUGUAGAGGAUGAAUUAAAAAAUCAAGGGAAAAUCCCUGAAGAAUUUAAAAGACAAAUGAUGUAUACGUUAGGAGAUUUUAGGGAUUUAGUUUUCGAUACAGAUAUAUCAAAACAAGAUGAAAACACUAAUGAGCACGUGACAAAGGCAAGAAAGAAUAUAAAAAAUAUUUUUGAAAAAAAUGGCACACCUCCCGGAAAAAAAAUUGAACCAAAAGUAUGGUGGAAUGAUAACGCCCCACAUAUAUGGGAAGGGAUGUUAUGUGGGUUAUCACACACAAGUGGUAUAAAUGACACGGAACGAGCAGGUGUUAAAACAAAACUCGAAAACACAUAUGGCUACGAUAAAGUGACAUUUAGUGGUACAACCACUCCAUCUAGUGGUAACAACGGCCUCGCGGCAUUCGCCUCUCGGCCUCAGUUCCUCCGGUGGCUGACCGAAUGGGGGGAACACUUUUGUAAAAAACACAAAAAGGAGUAUGACCAGUUGAAGGAGAAGUGUGACAGGUGUAAUGCCAGUAAUCCUACUACUCCAAAAACUAAUUCAACAUGUGAUAAAAAAAGUACAGAAUGUACCGACUGCCAAACACAAUGUCAAGAAUAUCAAAAAUUUAUUACACAAUGGAAACCUAAUUAUGAAAAACAAAAAAAAAAAUAUACUCAGGAUAAAAAUAAAGCUGAUUAUAAAACUGAUUCCGAAGUACAAAAGUCACAAGAAGCUCAUGACUACAUAAACAAACAAAUAAAAAAAAUUUGUACAAAUAGUGGUAAAAAUAUUAUUGAUUGUUCAUGUAUGGAACAAAAGUCGUCACAAAAUACGUCUGGUGGUAAUAAUAUGCCCAAAUCCUUGGAAGAUCCACCUAGUGAGUAUAAAAACCAGUGUGAAUGCGAACAAAAACCACCUGAACUCCCCAAAUGUACUCAUAAUAAAAUUCUUGAUGCGGCAAACAACCUAGUGUUUCAAUCACAGAGAGACGUACAUAAACAUGGUGAUGUUUUGAGAGGUGAUUUAUCACAAGCGAAAUUUAAACAUAAAAAUAAUCCAACACCACUUGACAGACACGGAUAUUGUAACUUUGAAUUACAAAAACAUGGAAAUGAUGUUCGAAGCUAUACUCCUAAACUUGAUCCUGGUCAAGAUGAACAUAAUGGACCUUGUACAGGAAAAGGAAAAAAUCAAGGUGAUCAAAGAUUUAUUAUAGGUCAAGAAUGGAAACCAGGUGAAAAUAAGGAUAUGCGUGAUGGACAUAAAGAUGUAUUACUCCCACCUAGACGUAAGCAUAUGUGCACAUCAAACCUGGAAAAUUUAGGAAAAAGUGGUGAUAUCUCCGAAUUUGUAAAAACCGCGGGCAAUAACGUCAACGAUACGUUUUUGGGCGACGUGUUGCUUGCCGCCAAAUUUGAAGGCGACGAUAUUGUCGAAAAACAUCUAAGUAAAAGUGACAAAUCCGGCAUUUGUAAUGCUAUGAAGUACAGUUUUGCAGAUCUAGGGGAUAUUAUACGUGGGAAAGACUUAUGGAGUGGGAAUAAGGAUAUGGUGAAUUUACAGAAAUAUUUAACAGCAAUAUUUAAAAAAAUUCACGAAAAUCUUCCUGCAGGCACGAAGGAGAAAUAUAAUAGUGGUCCCACUGAAACCCCCCCAUACAAAACCUUGAGGGAACAUUGGUGGUCGGCCAACCGCGACCAAGUAUGGAAAGCACUGACAUGUUCGGCGCCAGAUACGGCCGAUUUGUACACACGUAAUUCCAGUGGCGAAUUUAGUUUCCACCGUGUGAAGUGCGGCCGCGAUAGUUAUACUCCUCCGGACGACUACAUACCACAACGACUAAGAUGGAUGACCGAAUGGUCCGAAAGUUACUGCAAACAGUUGGAACGGAAUUUUUGGUGGGUCAAAGCAUUUUGUCACGCGUGCAAAAAGAAUAUAGCCAAAGGGAAACCGAACGACACAAUAUGUGAUCGUUGUGUAAAAAAUUGUCAAGUUUAUACUGAACACGUUAAUAAAUGGAAAGGUGAUUGGAAAAAACAAGAACAGCAAUAUAGAGAUUUAUACAAUGGUACUGGUACUACUGCUAAUGAUGAGAUUAAAAAAGAACAUAAAAAUUUUCUAGAAAAAGUAAAAAAAAAACCAGAUAGUAUUGAUUGUACUGGUGCCAAAACCGACAAUAACGAGUACAAAUCCCUAUCUGAUUAUGUUACUUCUAUGGGAGGAAGUACUUAUUGUAAUGACACGACACAAAAAAAAUUUGUGAACACAAGUAGUCAGGAUACCGAGAGUGUAUUUCGUCAGAAUCCAAAUAAAUAUGACACAGAGUGUGUGGAGGAAAACAAACCAAAGCCACCUAAGACGACACCAGGAGUCCCAGGAUUUCUCCCACCUAAAUCCAAUACAGAUCCCGAUGAAAUAUGUAAAACGGUGAAACAAUGUAUUCAGGAUAAUGAAGCAAAAGAAGAAGGACAAAAGGAUUGCAAUCCAAAAAUAAAAGGUGCAAGUGACACAUCAUAUCCUAAGUGGGAAUGUACUGACCCAGAAAAACAAAAACUAAUAAAUAGUGGUGACCAAGGAGCAUGUAUGCCCCCGAGAAGACAAAAAUUAUGUUUAUACUACUUAGCACAUAGUAUUAAUAGUAGUAGUGAUAAAGAGAAAUUGAAAGAUGCUUUUAUAAAAUCUGCAGCUCUAGAAACAUAUUUUGCUUGGGAUAAAUACAAAAAGGAUAAAAAAAAUGAAGAUCCUUCAGCAGAAACAAAACUAGAUGAACAAUUAAAAAAUGGUAUUAUCCCUGAAGAAUUUUUACGUUCUAUUUUCUUUACAUAUGGAGAUUUCAAAGAUUUAUGUUUAGAUAAAGAUAUAGGUAAAAAAAAUCCAAAUGGUGAUGUGGAGAAGGCAACAAAUAAUAUAACUGCAGUUUUGAAAAAAAUUAAUAGAGACACAAUUGAUGAACAAAAACGUAAAGAAUGGUGGGAUAAUAAUGGUUUAGAUAUUUGGCAAGGAAUGUUAUGUAGUCUAUCACAUGCUAUCAAGGACCAGAGCGCACAAAGUGAAAUUCAACAAAAACUUAACGAUAAUUACAAGUACGAUCCUAACGAUUUAGAUAAGGGAAUUGCUAAAUAUGUCCUCUACAGUCAUACAACUCCUCAAUUUUUACGUUGGUAUACUGAAUGGUCUGAAGAAUUUUGCGAUAAACAAAAAAAAGAGUUCGCACAAUUAUACAGUAAGUGCUAUAAAUGUGAAGUUAAUAGUAGUGGUAACAAAAUAACAUGUAAGAAAAGUGGUACAGAAUGCAGCCAGUGUCAAACACAAUGUCCAAAAUAUACAAAAUUUAUUGAAAAAUGGAAACGUGAUUGGGAUAAACAAAACCAACAUUAUACUGAUGUUAAAGAUAAAGACCCAUAUGAUUCUGCUCCUUUUGUAGAUACGAAUACCCACGCAUAUACAUAUUUAAAUGAAUCGUUAGAACUUCUUGGUUUGCACGAUAAUUGUAUGAAAAAUACGUCUACGUCUACUGCCACGAGUGGUAGUGGUGGUCCCACUGGCGGUGACAUGCCGCAAGCGUUAGAUGAAUAUCCAAGUGAUGAAUAUAAAAAUAAGUGUGAUUGUCAGGAGGACACUAGUUCUAGUGUCCAACCAGAUAGUGGUGGUACAUCACAAGGUGGUGGUGGAUCACAUGGUGGUCAACCACAAGGUCCUAUGCCGGAUCCCAAGCCUGGUGGGACACAAGACAAUAUAUGUGACAAAGUGAAGGGAUAUAUUACAGAUAAUGAUAGCAAAAAAAUAGGUACUGGAGGGUGCAAAGAUAAAGAUGAUGCAGACUGGAAUUGUGAUAAAGAUAAGUUUGAAAACCAACAAGAAGGACCUUGUAUGUCUGGUAGAAGACAAAAAAUGUGCUUACAUUAUUUACAAUACAUGACUGGAACGUCACAAGAUGAAUUGAAAGACGCUGUUAUGAAAUGUGUUUCACUUGAGACACAUUUGUUAUGGCAAAAAUAUAUAGAAGAUAAAAAAAAAGAUAAUCCAUCAGAAGCAACCAAACUAGAAGAGCAAUUGAAAAAAGGAAAUAUUCCUCCUGAAUUUAAACGUCGAAUGUUCUAUACAUAUAGUGAUUAUAGAGAUAUAUUUUUAGGAAAAGAUAUAGGUAACAAAAUUGGUGCUGUGGGUGCGGCAAGAACAAAAAUAGAUAAUAUUCUUAAACCAAAAAUCCCAAAAUCUGGUAUCACCCCCCAACAACCUGAAAAUUGGUGGAGUUCCAUUGAACAAGAAGUCUGGAAUGCAAUGUUAUGUUCACUAUCAUACGAUGGUACUAAGGUGGACGCGGGUACACAAAAAAAACUAGCACAACAAAACAAAUACAGUGACGUCACAUUUGAUGGUAAAACCAAACUCGAUAAAUUUGUUGAGAGACCCCAAUUUUUACGAUGGCUCACCGAAUGGUACGACGAUUAUUGUAAACAGAAACAAAAACGAUAUGACGAGGUGAAAGACACGUGUAAAAAAGUUGGUGACACUAAUUUUCAAUGUGAAAAUAAGGAUUGUAAACAAAAAUGUAAAGCAUACACAGACUUUAUGGAGGAGAGAAAAGGACAUUGGGAAAAACAAAAAGAUUACUAUGAACAACAAGAACAAAAAAAAACAAGUGGAUAUAGUGAAAGUGAUGCUACCAAAUACUUACAGAAAAAUUUUACUGUUAAAUGUGGUGACAAUUCAAGUGGUACUCCACCAUCUAGUGGUGCCAGUACAGUGGAGAAAAACAUCAACGCGUUGACACAACCACCACCACAAAUUUAUGACGUUGAUGAGUAUUGUGGGUGCAAGAAAUUUAUAGGAGACGACAAGAAUUAUGACACGAUUUCGAAACAAGAUAAUUGUAAAGGAUUGAUGAAAGAUAUCAAUGGAGGAACAGGGAUUAAAUGGCAAAACACUGAUGAUACAGAAUAUAGUGGUUUUAAGGAUAAAGGAGUGUCUAACCAAGUAUAUAUCCCUCCAAGGAGACAAAGAAUAUGCUUUCAAGAUAUUGACGGCACAUAUGGUAAAGUUAAAGAUCAAAAUUCAUUACGAGAACAAUUAAUGAAAGUUGCUGCAACAGAGGGACAUAAUUUAGGAGAAUAUUAUAAAAAAAAGAAAGAAAACGAAACCGGAACUCCUGAUGAACAAAAGAAAUAUGCUUAUGAUGUUGAAGCAUGUAAUGCUAUGAAAUAUAGUUUUCUGGAUUUAAGAGAUAUAAUAUUAGGAACUGAUAAUUUAGAAAUUGAAAGUAAUGGGACCGAAACAAAUUUGCAAAAAAUAUUUAAAAGUGGAAAGCAAAGUGGUAGUCAAGCUGAAAAACCUGGUAGUCAAGAGCGUAAAAAAUUUUGGGAAGAAAACAAAGAUUGCGUUUGGAACGCAAUGAAAUGUGGAUAUAAAAAAAGUGGCGACACCAAAGACGUAGACAAGUGUGAUAUGCCUGAUGACGCCACUUAUCCUGUGGCAGACAACCGAACCCACGGUACGUCAUACCAAUUUUUACGUUGGUUUGCCGAAUGGGGGGAAGACUACUGUAAAAAACACCACGUGGAAAAGGAGAAAUUGGAAAAGGCGUGUAGUAACUGUAAGGGUAAUGGACAAUGUAAGGAUUGUUCCACGUGUCAAACACAAUGUGGUAAAUAUCAAGCAUUUAUUGGAAUAUGGAAACCUCAAUACGAUAAACAAAAAGAGAAAUUCAAAACAGAUCAAUCAUCAUAUGAAAAGGAUACCGAUGCAAAAACUGCAAAAGAUGCAAGAGAUUUUUUGGACAGAAAAUUAACAAAAAUGUGUUCAAAUAGUGGUCAAACUAGUGGUACAAAUAGUGGUUGUAAUUGUAUGAACGAACCCUCGUCACAACAACCAACUAGUGGUACACAUAUCCCCAAAUCCCUAGACCAAAUACCUGAUAGUGUUAAAGAUAAGUGUGGGUGUGCGACAUCACAAGUGGUACCACCCGUGCCAAAUCCAGCACAUCCAUCACAAGACCCAGCCAGUGGUCAACACUCCAACACACCAUCACCAUCCUCACCCAAACCUGGCGAUCCUAAAACUGAUCCAAAUGGUGGAAGUGGUGGUCCAAAUGGUGGAAGUGGUGGUCCAAAUGGUGGUACCCAACCAAGUGGUGGUGGUGAACCGGACCCUGGUAAUCAACCUGUUACACCUGUUGAUCCAUCUAGUGGUCCAAAUGUUCAACCUAGUGGUGGGAACACUGGUCAAGGUGGUGGUACACCUGGUACAAAUACUGGUAACCAAAACCCUGGUGAACCGGAUCCUGGUCAAUCUAGUGGUAAACCUAAUGAUCCUGGUGUUCAUCCUCCUGGUGGCAACCCCAAAACUCCUACAGAUCCAUUUAAAGAAUUGGAUGAAUGUCCAUUAAAUGACAAUAAUGCAUGUACCAAAAUUGGUAAUGCUGGGUGCCCAAAAAAAAAACAAAAUUAUGAUCUUGAUAAAUGGGAAACGCAACAUUCGACUCAUUCAAAUUUUAAAAAUAAAACAGUACUAGUUCCUCCUAGAAGAAAAAAUAUAUGUUUUUCAAACAUAAAUCUCACAAGACGACGACGUCGUAUAAAUAAUGAACACAAGUUCACAAAAUAUUUGCUUGAUGCUGCUGCAAUGGAAGCAAAAUUGUUGAGAGAACAGUAUAAAACCAAUAAGGAAAAAACUAUACAAGCAAUGAAAUAUAGUUUUGCAGAUUAUGGAAAUAUUAUUAAAGGUGAUGAUUUGCUAGAAGAUCUUCGUACAAAAAAUGUUAAAGAAAUAUUCGAAAAAAUAUGCAAAAAGAACAAUCAGUGUGAAAACAGUAAUACAAAGGAUGAAGAAAUAAAAAAAAAACGUCAAACUUUGUGGGAUAAUAAUAAAAAAAAAGUCUGGAAUGCUAUGUUAUGUGGAUACAAAAAAGCUGGAGGACAAAUCGAACAAAAAGAUUGUGAAUUACCUGAUGAUAACACUGAUCAGUUUUUACGAUGGUUAGAAGAAUGGGCAAGGAUUUUUUGUGAUGAAAAAAAAAAAGAAGCAGAAGAAGUAGUUAAAAAAUGUUUAUCAAAAAUUAAAGGAACUGAGAAAUCUCUUGAACAUAUUAUCGAUUCUGAUUGCAAAAAGAUAUUUCGGCAUUAUAAAAGUUGGUAUAUUGAUAAAAAUGCACAAUGGAAAGAUUUAAAAGAUCAAUAUACACAAUAUAAGCAACAUUAUCCAAAUGGUACUGCUAAAUCAUCCGGAAACACACAACAACUACAAGAUGGUGCUGAAAAAUAUAUAACAAGCAAAUGUCCUAAAUGUGAUUGUAAUUAUAAUGAUUUGGAAAAAAUAUCUAAAUAUGAAAAUGACGCUAAAGAGUUAUAUAAACAAUUGAUAAAACAAGCUAAAUAUGAUACAGAUACUACUGAAUCGUUCCUGAAAAAUAUUUUAACUAUUGGAGGAUAUGGUCCAAAAAUAGUAACUAAAGCUAUUGAGGCUGCUGACGUUAUAAUUCCUCAGGCUGCAAAAACUGGAGUAGGUCUUGCAAAAGAUGUUGGAAUACCUGUUGCAACAUCUCUGGCAACAACUGUUGCUACAAAUGUUUUAAGUGGAUUAGGAAGUGUCAUUAAUUGGUUCAGUGGCCCCACACAAUCACAGAAUAAACCGUCACACCCAGCAAACCCAGCAGAGCCUGAUUCAGGAACUAGUGGUGGAAACCCCCCCCCAACAACACCACAAACAACCCCCGCCGGUGAUAUCCUCACAUCUACCCUUCCUCCUGUGGGGAUAACUUUUGUUUUAGGAGCGAUAGGUUUUUUGUGGUUUUUUAUGAAGAAAAAACCCCAACUUGGACCUACGAAACUUUUUCGUGUACUUGAUAUCCCACAAAAUGAUUAUAGUAUACCUACAGAAAAAGCAUCCAACCGCUAUAUCCCAUAUGGUAAAUAUAAAGGCAAAACAUACAUAUAUGUCGAAGGAGAAGAGACGGACGAUUAUCUUCGUGAUAUAUCUUCUUCUGACCUAACAUCAUCUUCUGAAAGUGAGUUUGAAGAACUAGAUAUCAAUGAUAUAUAUGGGUAUAAAUCACCUAAAUAUAAAACUUUAAUUGAAGUGGUACUAAAGCCAAGUAGCAAAACAACAUAUGAUGAUACAUAUAAAGAUAAUAUAGUGGAUACUAGCGAUACACCCAUCAAUAAACUUACAGAUAAUGAGUGGAAUGAAGUGAAACAUGAUUUUAUCUCGCAAUAUUUAAAUAAUAUAGGAAAUGAUGUACCAUUAAAUAAUGAAUUACAAUCAUAUAAUAAUCCUAAGGAUACCCAACCUGAUAUUUUAGAUGUUAGUAGUGAGGAAAAACCUUUUAUUACAUCCAUUCAAGAUAGAAAAUUAUAUAGUAAUAGUGAUAUAACUUAUAAUAUUGAUUGGAAUAUUCCGGAAAAUAUCAGAACGAAUAACGUGGAUAGUCCAAAAUAUGUGUCACCAAAUCUAUAUAGUGGUAUAGAUCUAAUUAAUGAUUCGUUAAAUAAUGAUAAACAUAUUGAUAUAUAUGAUGAGUUGUUAAAACGAAAAGAAAAUGAAUUAUUUGGAACAAAAUAUACGAAAAAAACAAAUUCCAAUAUUUUUGCAAAACAAAUAUAUGAUGAUCCUAUACUAAAUCAAAUAGAAUUGUUUGAUAAAUGGCUAGAUAGACAUAGAGAUAUGUUGAACAAAUGGAAUAAUAAAGAGGAAAUGUUAAGUAAAUUGAAUGAUGAAUGGAAUAAAGAAAAUAAGGAACAUCUAUUGUAUACAUCAACUCAUGAUGAUAUUCAGAGAAUUAAUGAUGAAACACAUGGUAUGAUUAAUACAAACAAUUUAUAUGAUGAUUCAAAUAUAUAA